AUGAAACCAACUGUUAUUUUACAGACAACUGAAAACCUGGCUGAAUUGAAUAAGAAGGAGGAAGAGGAAAGGAACAAAAGGGCCAUGUAUCGUGCUAAAAUGACAGAAGUACUCUCUAAAGUUGAAAUGAAAUCUGCAAAGGACAUAUUACUUGUUGCCAGUGCAGUGUCUAUUGUAACAAAUGCAUCUGAUGAGAUCUCUAAUACAGCAUUGGAUACAGGAGUUGCACUUGUUACAGACAUGGUAUCUGGCCUUUCGGCGUUCAGUGAAGAAAUUGACCAAAACACGUUGACUGAAGCAGGAGCCAACGUAAUAGGUGUUUUAGGCAAUAUCUUGGAGGGUUCAGCCCAGUCUAUGGACAACCCGCUUACCACUGCCAACAGAUAUAUAUCUCCUUCCCCGUCGGCUGCCUCAUCCACAACCGCAGGUACAACAUCUGAUCCGGAAGCACAGAAGGAGAGAAGUGAAAGGGCACGGAACACGGUAAAUACAUUGAUGGAGAAUAUUCACAACAUUUCAAAAACACUUUCUCAAAACAAGCUUCCUGGUGAACCAGCAACGUCUGUCACUACUCCAAAGAUUACGCUUCAGCUAAAAAAAGAUUUUGCCUACAUGUUUAGCAAUGAGACAACUGAAGAAGGAUGGAGUAGCUUUGAAGUCGGAAGCUGGUGCGGCGGAAUAAAGCCUAAAAAUGACUGCGAUCCAAAUGUUGUAAUGAAUCGCCAAAGCAUGAGUUCAUUUAAAAAUCCUUUUAACUUUGAUGAGUCUUCUGAAUACAUCCCCGAGACGGCUGCCGCAAUGACACUUGUUUUUAGGAAUGAAUUUAACGAAGAUAUUCCGGUGUCAGAUACGCCAGUAGACAUCGAGAUAUUCUGUCCUCGCAGGGGGACGCCCGUGCCAGAGCUUUUGAAUUAUACUGAUUUUAAUAAAAGUUCUUAUAUUUGUCACAGCAUUGAAAUCCUGCAUAAUAAGACGUCACUGAUGUUUGACUUUCGUCCACACCAAUCGUCAAUAUAUUAUGCAACUAUGCUAAAAUACGAAACCAAACCAAACUUAACAGAUUAUGACCAUAUUUGGUUUUUUGGAUUCAACGAAUCUGGGUUCAUUGACAGUAACACAGAUGGUGUUUACUCGGUUUUUCUACCGGACUCGUACAUUGACUACAAUACUGGUUACUAUUACUUCUGCCUGGCUGAAGUGACCCCUUUGCCUCAAGAUUACGAAAUUCCUGAAACUGAUUCCGAAAUUCCUGAAACUGAUUCCGAAAUUCCUGAAACUGAUCCGAGUGUUGAUGAUAAUAUUGAGAUCUAUAAUGUUAGCAACAUUUAUGUGCAACUGAACAAUGUAACGUUCAACUACUCGUUAGUCCUUUCUACAUCCGGCUGCAGAUAUUGGGAUUUAUCUCAAAGUGCUUGGUCAUCUGAAGGAUGCAGGGUUGGACCUGAGACGAAUGUGUCAACCACACAGUGCUUUUGUAACCAUCUGACCUCAUUUGCGAGCUCAUGGUUUGUCCCUCCAGCUCAUCUGGAUUUCGACUACAUCUUUGCAAAUACAGGCUUUUUGGAUAACAUCACAAUCUAUUGCACUAUGAUUGCUAUCUACACUAUCUUCAUCCUCAUAUUUAUUUGGGCAAGAAGGAAAGAUAAAAAAGAUAUACUUAAGCUUGGUGUGACUCCUUUACCUGACAAUUCACCUGUUGAUAGGUAUUUUUAUGAAAUAACAGUAUUGACGGGACAGAGAAAGGCUGCCGGAACCGACUCAAAGGUGAGUUUUAUUUUAUCUGGAGAAGAUAAUGAAACUGGCGUACGUGUUUUCGACGAUGACCAACGCAAAAUUCUACGACGAGGGGGCGUGGACAGGUUUUUGAUGUCCGUCUGUCGGCCGCUGGGGUCACUAAACUACAUGCGCAUAUGGCACGAUAACGGUGGAAAGGGCAAGAUGCAAGGAUGGUACCUAAAGUACAUUGUGAUCAAAGAUCUUCAGCAACGCAAACGCUUUUAUUUCAUCGUAAACCGAUGGUUCUCAGUUGUAGAAGACGAUGGUCAGAUUGAGCGACUUAUUGCUGUUGCCGGAAAGGAUGAAAUGCAGGAGUUUGGUCACGUGUUUACCAGCCAUACGCGCAAAAACCUAAAUGAUGGGCAUCUAUGGUUCUCGGUUCUUUCUCGUCCAGCUGGCAGCCGAUUCACUCGCAUGCAAAGGGCUGGAUGCUGUCUAAUGGCAUUGUGGCUAGAAAUGCUUGUCGAUAUCAUGCUUUACAAAGUGAGGCCUCCAGCUGGUUCUGAGAAUCCCGUCAAAAUUGGACCUGUUACGAUCACGCCAGCUUCGGUUAUGAUCGGCAUCGAAUCAAACUUAAUUGUGUUUCCUGUCAGUUUACUGGUCAUCAACUUCUUUCGUAAAUCACGUCCAAGGAAAAAACGUAAAUCUCGAAUCAUGGAAGCAUGCGACAGGCAGGCAAAGGCUUUCCGGACGAAUAAAUUGAACAGAGAUUCUGUGGGAACGCCUUCUGAAGUCAAGUUCUCUAAUUUAGAUGGAGUUGUCCUCCGAGAAAAACAAAAGGAAAUGUCAGAAACAUCGAACAAAAUGAAGCACCCAGACGAUGCUUCAGUUAUCAUAACAACUGAGUGUGCGCCAGUUAAGAAAAAGCGUAAAGAGCGUUUUGGUUUUCCCUGGUGGUGUAGAAUUAUCGCAUGGAUCCUGGCAAUACUGAGUACUGCCGCGGCAACAGUUUUUGUUGUUUUCUACGGAAUCCAACUCGGAAAUGAAGAAACUUCAGAAUGGCUUGCGUCACUCUUCUUCGGCUUCUUUGCGGCAAUUUUCGUCACUCAACCAAUAAAGGUUAUACUUAUUGCUGUUUUUAUUGCCUGUGUGAUGAAAACGCCAGGGGCCGAACAAGAGGAAGAUAUGGACGGUGAUGAAGAAGAAUUUUACUUGAAAUCUGAUGAAGAAUGGCUACAUUUCCCUGUUGAAGCGAAAAGUGGAAAGAUAGAAUAUAAGCCACCAAACCCAGCGGAUCUUAAAAGGGCUCGAGAGCAACGUCUCAAAGAAAUCAAGAUGUUCUCAAUCUUUCGUGAAAUUUGCUUCUACUCCUUUUUUCUGCUCAUCUUAAUGGUCGUUAGCUAUGGUAAUACAAACUCAAUGUCGUAUGAUGUCAAAAACGUUCUUUCGUCAACCUUUCAAGGCCCUUCGCAGGAUUACAAAAAGGUAUAUUUGUGUAAGCCCCAUGAGUUAAUCCAAGACGUAAUCUUUCAUUGUAAUGAUAAAUAUUCAGUCGGGGAUUCAGAUACUUCUGAUUAUGGAGCGGAGUGGACACCUUACAACGUAACACGCGAAGUUCCAGAAUUCAUGUACACAACCUGGGAAGAGCUAGACAGUUAUCCGUUCCUCGGACGUCACGGGCUUUACAGCGGAGGAGGAUACGUUAUCAGGCUUGCUGAAGAUAUUGAGACAGUUCAGAGUCGAAUAGACCAAGUACAUCGUCAGCAUUGGAUAGACAAACACACCCGUGCAGUUUUUGUUGAGUUUUCAGUCUACAAUCCAGAGGUUAAUCUGUUCGGAGUCGUCAACAUGUUCGUGGAGUUUCUUCCAACUGGAUCUCUUAUACCAUACGAACGCAUUGACGUUAUACAUCUUUUAAGAACGUUUACCGGUUUCUCAAUGUUUGUUAUACUCAGCGAAGGAGUUUUCAUCGGCUUUUUAGUAUUUUUCAUCUUCAAGGAAGUCAACAACUUUCGAAGAGAGGGAAAAGCGUACUUUUACAAAUUCUGGAACUGGAUUGAAUUUUUGAUCAUCGCAAUAUCUGUGGCUGCAGUGGUUCUCUACUUCUAUCGUCAUUACGUCACUAAAGAAAUUGUUAACAAGGUCAAGAUACAGGGCAGUAAGAAGUACAUCAAAUUGCAGUACGUUGCCAACUGGAACGAGGUCUUUAUGUACAUGUUGGGAACUGUCGUUUUUCUGGCAACCACAAAGUUUCUGAAGUUGUUGCGAUUCAACCGCAGAAUGGCAUUAUUAUCAAGCACGUUGGGGGCGUGCGCAAAGGAUCUUUUUUAUUUUGGAAUAAUGUUCUUUAUUAUCUUCUUUGCAUUUGUAUCAAUUUUCUAUCAGCUGUUUGUGGCCGAUCUUUUUGACUUUUCUGGUAUAGUUUACACAAUGGAAAGUCUUAUGGGUACGCUGCUUGGUGCCUUCGAUUUUCAAAGUAUUAGUUCAGCCAGCGGUCUCCUUGGUUCUAUUUUCUUCUUCUUAUACAUAGCAUUUAUGCCAUUUCUCCUAAUUAAUAUGUUCAUCACUAUUCUUAACGAGGCAUUUACAGAAGUAAAGCAUGACAUUGAUCAAACGGCCAACGAUUACGAGAUGGUUGAUUUUAUCAUGCGUUAUUUUAAAUGUUUGAUUGGCAUGAACAAAUCCCGUGACUUACUUCAUGAAAACAACAAAGAUGUUGACAACCAGCCUACAAGUGAAAUUGACGAAAAGAUUUCAGAUUUUCCAAAUAAAGUUGAUCAUCUGUUAGACACAAUUGCUAAAGUUUACUUUGACGCCGAGAAAACUGAUGAUAUGAUUACGAAGAUGGGUGGAAAUGAUAAACCAAACUUAAAGAAGAAGCAAAACAUCAUAAAUUUUGUAGCUUAGAUAAUAAUCUGCCACUUAUUCAAACAAUUUUAGCCCAAACUCAAAUUUAAUAUAUUCAGGAUUAAAUAUUUUUAAAAUCUUAGUUUGGUUAUAACGUUUCCUUCAAUUUAUUCAACGUUAAUAUAGCGUUACCUAUUUCACAAAGCACCUAUAUAGAUAAGUUUCAACAUUAAAAACAAUUAAUAUCGAGUAUAUUCACAAUAUAAACAUUUAAUGUAAAAAUAGUAUUGUUAUAUGAGAAUGUGAUAGAUAUGUAUAAAUCGACGAAAGGGCAUUAUCCCCAUAGACAAAAAUAUACAAUAAAAGAUUAAUGUAGUGUUUUUAAUUCUACCAAUACUGAGUCGUUUUAUAGAGUAAGAUAAUGAACCCAAUUUGUACCCGUACAUCAGGCGGCAUAUCGUUUGGCAGAACGGUUUAGCGGAAAGUGUAUUUUAAUAGUUCAAAGGCAGAUUAAAACUAAACUAAUGGAAACAGAUCCAAUACCUUGAUUUAAGUAAAAUAAAUAUCUUUUAUAAUGCACUGCGAUUUAUUAAUAUUUAUGGUAGAAUUGUACUUUCUUCGAUUCAACAGCAGAAUGGCAUUAUUAUCAAGCACAUUGGGGGCGUGCGCAAAGGAUCUUUUUUAUUUUGGAAUAAUGUUCUUUAUUAUCUUCUUUGCAUUUGUAUUAAUUUUCUAUCAGCUGUUUGUGGCCGAUCUUUUUGACUUUUCUGGUAUAGUUUACACAAUGGAAAGUCUUAUUGGUACGCUGCUUGGUACCUUCGAUUUUCAAAGUAUUAGUUCAGCCAGCGGUCUUCUUGGUUCUAUUUUCUUCUUCUUAUACAUAGCAUUUAUGCCAUUUCUCCUAAUUAUUAUGUUCAUCACUAUUCUUAACGAGGCAUUUACAGAAGUAAAUCAUGACAUUGAUCAAACGGCCAACGAUUACGAGAUGGUUGAUUUUAUCAUGCGUUAUUUUAAAUGUUUGAUUGGCAUGAACAAAGCCCAUGACUUUCUUUAUGAAAACAACAAAGAUGUUGACAACCAGCCUACAAGUGAAAUUGACGAAAAGAUUUCAGAUUUUCUAAAUAAAGGUGAUCAUCUGUUAGACACAAUUGCUAAAGUUUACUUUGACGUCGAGAAAACUGAUGAUAUGAUUACGAAGAUGGGUGGAAAUGAUAAACCAAACUAAAAGAAGAAGCAAAACAUCAUAAAUUUUGUAGCUUAGAUAAUAAUCUGCCACUUAUUCAAACAAUUUUAGCCCAAACUCAAAUUUAAUAUAUUCAGGAUUAAAUAUUUUUAAAAUCUUAGUUUGGUUAUAACGUUUCCUUCAAUUUAUUCAACGUUAAUAUAGCGUUACCUAUUUCACAAAGCACCUAUAUAGAUAAGUUUCAACAAUAAAAACAAUUAAUAUCGAGUAUAUUCACAAUAUAAACAUUUAAUGUAAAAAAUAGUAUUGUUAUAUGAGAAUGUGAUAGAUAUGUAUAAAUCGACGAAAGGGCAUUAUCCCCAUAGACAAAAAUAUACAAUAAAAGAUUAAUGUAUUGUUUUUAAUUCUACCAAUACUGAGUCGUUUUAUAGAGUAAGAUACCCAUUGUGUACCGUACAUCAGGCGGCAUAUCGUUUGGCAGAACGGUUUAGCGGAAAGUGUAUUUUAUUAGUUCAAAGGCAGAUUAAAACUAAACUAAUGGAAACAGAUCCAAUACCUUGAUUUAAGUAAAAUAAAUAUCUUUCAUAAUGCACUACGAUUUAUUAAUAUUUAUGGUAGAAUUGUACUUUCUUUCAACAACACUUAAAGAGGAAAAAAUGAUAUGACAGAAAAAAGGUUGUUUGAGGAUAAAAUGGGGAACGGUUCUGCAGUUCUACCAAAACAUUUUUCUUCCGGAGCCUGACUUUAAGGUGAAGUAAACAAUUAUAAUGCUAUUCGUGUCAAUACUUUCAUAAUUGCAAAUGUUGAAAUAUUUUAGAGGAUAAUUAAGGUAGUGUACGUCUUUUGAAAAAGUGCUAAUACAAGAUCAAAUCAUUUGGUAAUAAAGUUGAAUUAACAUUUUGCAUAUUUUAACGCAAUGGACAAAUCACAACAUGUUGUUUAUGUAUGUUCACGCUGCUGUUUAGAAACAAUAGGUAGAUUUCGCAACAUUUCAAAAACGUGAAAACGAUAACGGUUACGUAAUCAUCUUUUAGUCAAUCCAUUCCAUACAGAGCACCUGUCACAAUGUAGGCGAUCCAUGGUUUUUAAAAUGAAUGUUAUAGACACGAAUCACGAUAAUGAAGAUGACGUUAUCGUUUUCGUAUUGCGAAAUCCACCGAAUAUCCAAGGGUUGGGCUUGGCGGAAAGGUCAAUUAUAAGCUGUGUGUGCUAUGUACUGAGAAGAGUUUUGUAAAAAAUGCAUACAUUAACAAUAUUGCAUUCUAGAAAAUCGGCGGAAGGACUUAAGAACGGUCAUAAAAAUAGAGGCAUAGAAACAAGGGCAAUAUGGACUGAAAAUUGUAUUCAUUUUUAUUAUAGUAUAUUUAUUACCUGUAUAUUCAUUGUAAAUGUAUACGAUACACGUGUAGAUGCUUUAUUUAGGAAAUUCCCCACCUAGGCCUAAGCUAUAUGAAUAUUUUAAUAAAUUCACCUAGUCUAUG